GAUAUGCAUGAGCUUGAGGCGGCGGUGCAUCAGUUCAAGUUUCGCAGUGAGACGCCUUCGAUUGCCCGACUCGCAGCGUUGACGAGUCCGUGUUACUUUCAUAAGAGGUUUGGGGAUGCGGUGGAUAUUGAUAAGGUGCUUGAGGAGAUCAAGGGGGAUGAUCAACUCAGUCACAGUCGUUUGAUGCAGACGGCGGCGUCGGUGCGGGAGGUGAGUCGGCAGUUACAGCGGAGGCCGUUGAAGAGGGCGGUCAGGAAUGUGAUGGUUGUUACGAAGGCGAGGGAUAAUGCGUUGGUGAGGUUGACGAGGGAGUUGACGGAGUGGCUUGUGGCUACGCCGAGGUAUGGGAGGGAGGUCGGGGUGAAUGUGUGGGUGGAUUCGAAGUUGAGGAAGAGUCGGCGAUUCGGGGCGGAGGGGCUGGUGGAGAAGGAGGGGGGAAGGUAUAGGGAGAUGUUGCGGUUUUGGACGCCGGCGUUGUGUUUGGAGCAACCGGAGUUGUUUGAUUUGGUUAUCACGUUAGGAGGGGAUGGCACGGUGUUGUUCACCUCUUGGCUCUUCCAGCGCAUCGUCCCACCCGUGCUGGCCUUCUCCCUCGGCUCGCUAGGAUUCUUAACAAACUUCGACUUCGACACCUACAAAGCCCACCUCGACCGCAUCAUGGGCGACAGCGGGAUGCGGAUCAACAUGCGCAUGCGCUUCACCUGCACGGUCUACCGCUCCGCCGCCUCCUCCAUUAGCACCGCGGCCAACUCCGCCGCCGCCUCCACAGCCAGCGAAACCCACGAAGUCCUCAACGAAAUCGUCAUCGACCGUGGUCCAAGCUCUUACAUCUCCUCGCUCGACCUCUACGCCAACGAUGAACUUCUCACCCGCAUAAGCGCCGACGGCAUCAUCCUCUCCACGCCCACAGGCAGCACAGCCUACUCCCUCUCCGCCGGCGGCUCGCUCGUCCACCCAGACAUCCCCGCCAUCCUCCUCACCCCCAUCUGCCCGCACACCCUCUCCUUUCGCCCCAUGCUGCUGAACGACGACAUGGCGCUCAAAGUCGCCAUCCCCGCUUCCGGGCGCGGCGGUGCCUUCGUCUCCUUCGACGGCAAAGGCCGCGUCGAAUUAGGCAGAGGGGACGAGGUAGUUGUGCGAGCGAGUCAGUAUCCGUUCCCCACCGUCAUGGGCCAGCCAUUGGAGUGGUUCGAUAGUAUCUCCCGGACUCUACGCUGGAACACGCGCGCGGCGGAGCAGAAGGGGUGGGCGGGU